AAUGGGUACUAAAAGGAAGAACAUGGAGGAUGAAAUGUCUCGAUUUGAGGCAGAAAUCUCGAGUGCAACAGUGUCGUAUAGUGCGAUGCCAGCUCCGGCACAGCCAGCAGUAUCUGGCAAUCCUUUCAUACCAUCGCAGGUACGAACGGUCAUCGGAUCGCAAACGUACAGUCAAGUGCAACAAAAACUGUCUCAAGUUCCACCAAGGCUACCACCACCGCCAAUGCCCCCAUUUAUGCCAGCCUUCAGUGCUCAACCGCAACCACUAUUGCCUCAGAAGUCGUAUGCUACCGAACCCACGCCGGUUAUUGUUAGCAGUGCACCGAAGCUGUACACUGCCCGUCCUACCGUGGGCAUUGCGACGAAGUCAGAUUCAUCUUCGGGUCCAUCGAGCAGUUCCACAUCGGCUGUCCAAUCGUACGAUAUAGCAAACAUUCAAUACGAAGUGACUACAAAGAUCAAGAAACCUAAAAUGGAAAAGUCUGGUCCAAAUCCAAUAGCGGAAGAAGCGAUUAAAGCCGCCCGGGCCUCUUCAGCGCUGCAAUCGUUCGGCAACAGUGAAAGACGGGGCAAGAAAGAUAAAAAACAAACGGUACGCGUAGCCGGUGGACAGACCUGGGAAGACAUGUCGCUAUCAGACUGGCCGGAGGACGAUUUUCGUAUAUUUUGCGGCGAUCUCGGGAAUGAUGUGAACGAUGAACUGCUGACGCGCACCUUUAACAAAUAUCCCUCUUUUCAACGUGCCAAAGUGAUACGUGAUAAGCGUACGAGCAAGAGCAAGGGAUACGGGUUCGUGAGCUUCAAGGAUCCGCAGGACUUCAUACGUGCCAUGAAGGAGAUGGACGGACGCUACGUGGGAAGUCGACCAAUCAAGCUACGCAAAAGCACGUGGAAAAAUCGUAGCAUCGAUGUGGUGCGGAAGAAGGAAAAGGAAAAACAAGCGCUACUCAGCCUCUUCAAUCAGAGCUAGUGAACAUCAUCGAGGGAACAUGUUUGUUGGAUGGACAGCAUUUUAAUUGAUCCUUCUUCAAUUUC